GCUUGUGCAGCUUUCAGCAGCUUUCUUGAAGUCGCAUAGAGUUUCCUGAAGUUUCGGGAAUCUUGGAAAACUUCAAGCUGCUGGAGGUGAACGUGGCAGCGCUGCAGAGGAGUGUGUGUUUGUGUGAAGCUGCACAAGUCUCGGUUCAAUUCUUCUCUGCAGAGCGUGCUGUAAUCAUUAACAUGUGAGCUUCACUGUGAGGUUAGAAAAGCAGCUGCGAGUGUUGACGGUGAACUUUAAACAACCCUCCAAACCUUUAAUGAAGCUUUUUAUACUUCAUUAAAGUUCAGAAAAAGUAAAGGUUCUUCAUUUUGAAGCCAGCACAGAUUCAGAGACUGUCACUCUGUGUAUCUCUGCUUUUUCAGUCUCUGUUUACUUUGUGCUGAUGAUGAUGAGGAUUACAAUGAAGGGAAACAGUUAAACACGCUCACAGUUUGUGGGAGAGGGCUGCAGUUAUUAACCCUGUCCGCCCCGGAGCUCCUGCCUCUCGUGAUAUCAGAGCUUUCUCUUGCUUUGGGUCCGUCUGAGGCCCCUGUUGGCAUUUUGUUUGACUUUAAGUUUGCUCUUUUCACUCUUGGGUUAUUUUGUGUCGUCAGCCUUUCUGAGUGCUAUCGUCCUAACAGGAAAUAAGAGAACGUUUAAUGUUGAUGUCAUGAGCUCGUGUGUAUCGGUUGGGUCACAUCCAUUCUAAGCUGGAUAAACGUUCAGAGAGGAUAAAGACAUGAAACACUGUAAAAACGUCUGCAGGUCUUUUUUCUCAGGAAUGUUUCUGAACUUGUGAAUUUUAUGCAUCGCAGUCACAGCUGAUCAAAGUCCCUAAAGUUUGGUUUGCCUAUCACCCCUCACAUUUCCAGAUGUUUCCAGAUUUUUCCAUCCAUUUUAUUGAUUAUCCUCAGUCAGCUGAAGCUCUUUCUCUCUCUUGCUCUCUCUUUUAGUCAUGUUGUCCUUGGCCGCCCACUCGCUCUGUGUCAGGGCCACCGGUUACCAACAAAGCCUGCACUCCAUAGCAACUGUCAUCUCCGGGAACAAAACGUCCAAAAUAGUGAGGGAGAGACUGAAGAAGGAGGUGGAGAAGAUGGCAAGUCAGUUCUCCGGGUUCAGACCGGGCCUGGUGGUCCUGCAGGUGGGAGACAGAGAUGACUCUAACCUGUACAUCAGCACCAAACUGAAGGCUGCAGCUGAGGUUGGAAUUGAAGCCAAACAUAUCCGGCUGCCGAACACAACCACGCAGGACGAGGUGCUGCACAGCAUCAUGUCUGUGAACGAGAACGCGUGCGUACACGGUCUGAUCGUGCAGCUGCCAUUGGACUCCGCAAACUGCAUUGACACUGAGCUCGUCACCAACGCUGUGUCCUCGCAAAAAGACGUAGAUGGGCUGAGCUGCAUUAAUGCAGGUAAACUGUCUCGAGGAGAUCUGAACGACUGCUUCAUCCCCUGCACCCCCAACGCCUGCAUGGAGCUCAUCAGACAGACAGGCGUGUUUGUGGCGGGGAAGCACGCGGUGGUUAUUGGUCGCAGUAAAAUCGUUGGUGCUCCGAUGCACGACCUGCUGCUGUGGAACCACGCCACUGUGACCACCUGCCACUCAAAGACACCUGACCUACCUGAGCAGGUGGGCCGGGCUGAUAUCCUAGUGGUAGGGGCCGGCAGAGCAGAGAUGGUGAGAGGAGAGUGGGUGAAGGAGGGUGCCGUGGUCAUUGACUGUGGAAUUAACCAUGUCCCCGAUGAGACAAGGCCCAGCGGUAAGCGAGUGGUUGGAGACGUUCACUACUCCUCCGCCAGUCAGAGAGCAGGAUACAUCACACCUGUUCCAGGAGGGGUGGGGCCAAUGACGGUGGCCAUGCUCAUGGAGAAUACGGUGCAGAGUGCUCAGCGCUUCCUCCUGAAGUUGAGGAGGUGAAACAUCGACACUGACGGGCAGACAGCUGUGGACAGGUGAACAGCUCAUACACAGAGAUGACAUCGUCAGAAUGAAAGCAGAAACACUUCUUGUUUCAGAGGCUGAACUCGUCCGUAUUUUUUCUUUUGUCUUAAUUUUUUUCUGUAAUUUAUUUCCUGAUCUGAGAGAUUUCUGAUGUCUGUCAAAGUUUGACUGUGACUCCAGCAGGACCUCAGAGUUCAGACGCACUGAGCUCGAUGAGGCUGUGGAUGCUGCGCUUUCCUGCAGUAUUAAACCAGGUGUAAGUACAUGCCCAGCAUUUAUUUAUUUUCAUUCUUUUGUUACUUUGAUUUUUAAAUAGUAAAAAUGUUUUACCUUCUGGUAUAAAAAAAUCUCUGACAGUAACAGUUUCUGUACUUUCAGUUUAAAAGAAGUGAUGGAUAAGAACUUCGUGGGGCUUAUCCAUCACGUGUUCACCUUCAAAAUCAUCAGCAGCUUUGUUUGCUCAGGGAUCAGAGGUUGUUGUCAUGGAAACAGCGUCAGCUGCUUCCUGCUGGCAACUGAAGUCAGGCAGACUAACCAGAGAUUUAUGAAGGAUCAAUGUAUUGGUUAUUGGCAGAAAAGAUCAUAUAAUAUUAUUUUAUUAGAACAUGUGUUUGAGGUUUCAUCAUGCAAAUAACGUGUAAAUCUGAAAAUUUACUUCUAAUUCUACUCUGUCUAAAUGAAGUGUUCAAUAAAGUUAAGUAUUCAAACUCA